AUGUUCCGACUUGGGGGCCUUGUUGUCUUGUGUGGCCUGCUCAUUGGGACCUCAGAGUCACUUCUUCAGGAAGUUGGCAAUGCUGUGAAUAAUUUGAACGUUCUGAAUCCUUCCUCUGGAGAUGUUUCUCAGAGCCUGAAUCUGAAUGUGGAGUCACUUCAGCAAGCCACAAGUUGGUCAUCAGCCAAGGACAACCUUCUAGAAACGUUGAACACAGCGAACCUUGGCAAUUCAAAAAGCUUUCUAUCUUUCGGUGGUUUACAGUUGCGAAUCAAUAAUCUCAGAGUCCUGGAUAUUCAAGCGGGGCUGUCUUCCAGUGGCAAAGGCGUCGACCUCAAGCUGCCCCUGGCUUUGGACGCCUCCGUGAUUCUGCCUGGCAUUGGCAGUGCGGUCGAUGUUGCUGUCUCCUUGGACCUCAUAAAUUCAGUCACUGUUCAAACCAAUGCCCAGACUGGCCUUCCUGAGAUAACCAUAGGAAAAUGCUCCAGUAAUUCAGACAAAAUCUCCAUUUCCUUGUUGGGCAGACGACUCGCCAUCAUCAACACUGUUCUGGAUGCUGUAUCUGGCCUCCUUAAAAAUGCAGUGUCAGUCCUGCUGCAAAACAUCGUAUGUCCUGUGCUCCAGUACGCCCUCAGCCAUCUGAAUGGAAAUGUUAUUCAGGGUCUCCUCUCUAAUAUAUCGGCAGCACAAUUACCAAUUUCCCUCUGA